CCCGCAGCUCCGGCCCCUGCCCCGUGGCUGCCUAGGAACGGGACUCCAAAAUGGCGGCGGCCGCCAGCGCCGGCGGGCAGGCAGUAGAAAAACAGCUGAAGAUCUGUGGCUUUAAGAAGAAUGUGGAUGUCUUAGUUUUGUAUCUGGCUGGACAAGGACUAAGAAGUAUCCCAGGUCUAUCACAGCUUCAUAGGCUAAGGUACUUGUGGAUUAACAACAAUAAGAUCCAAGAUUUAACUUUCUUGAUCAAAAACUAUUGCUUGACUGAACUCUACCUCAACAAUAAUGACCUGACAGAUAUAUCAGGUGCUCUGAAACACGUGCUACAGAUUCUGUUGCUUUACAACAACCAGUUAAAAAAACUUGGCAAAACAGUGAAGGAAUUGAAAGGAAUUACAAGCUUGCAGACCCUAAACCUAUUCCAUAACCCUCUGGCAGAAGACCCCGACCACCGGCUUUAUGUGAUAUACCUCCUUCCUUCAGUACAGCUCCUUGACAGGAAGCCAGUUACACAAAGAGAAAGGGAGUCGGCACUUCAUCUUUAUAACCACAAAAGGUCUCGUGUUGUGGAGUCAAUUGCUUUUGGAAAGAGAGUAAAUACACUCCUGGAGACUGCAGCGGGGCCUGGCAGAUGCACUCAACCAGCCAGAAGACUGAUGAUGCCCUCAGGUUGUAAAUUUGGAAAUCACACAAAUAAAGUGCCACUCGAGAGCCCCGAAGAUGCCGUUUUACUGCGGGUGAUGACGAGAUCUCUAAUGGAAUUUUCCUCCGUUGACUGGAACAGAGUAGCCACCUGUCAAGAAAGACGGCUUGAAAACAAAGCAGAAGAACCCCAUGAGAAGCUGACAGUUUAAUUUAGAUGA